UAUCUGGCAUGAUAAAACUUCUGAACACUGCAUUAUUUAUUUUUUUACAAAGAGUACAAAUAUGUAUGCUGUUAUGUCUUAUCGGAUGUCAUCACGGAGGCCUGGCACUGCAUGACCUUGACUGGCCCUGAAUUUGAAGAUGUGGAGUCCCUACUGUUGAGGGUCAGCUUGGGGCGUUUAUUCUUGUCCAUUUUGAGGGUUCAGGUGCAGGACUUGUCUCCAUUUGUAACCCUUUGCGGGCUGUGGAUGAAGGCUACGCUGUACUGUCUGAACUCCACUGCAUCGGCGAGGUACUCUGGGUGGCACUAUGAAGGCUGAGUCCCAAGAAGACCGAGGAAUCACAUUACCUCCCGAGCCCAGAGUGCCCUCUCACCCACUGCAGCUUGAAAUAAACAAGAGAAACAUGGCUACUACUAGAGUUCAUAGCUUCUCACCUACUGCCGCUUGGAAGAAGGACCGACUAGUGACCACACUAGGAUUGUUUCAGAACCAACCGGAAAACCUCAGUUAAUCGUCUGGGGUCAUAUAGUAUAGUACGUUUUGAUUGGUUUAGUUGGGCUUUAAGCUCUAUUUUCUGUUCUAGAUGUCCGUCUAUAUGAUCAAGAAACGAUCUGUAAUUCUGAGAGGUCAAUUCCUGUAGUUUUCAAUUGUAUUUGGACAUUGUAUUUAAAUAGUUGCAUGUUAUGCAGUAUUUUAAGAAGGAAGAUAUUGGGACACAUUGGUGUAAAAGUUACUGGGAAAAUUAUAACUGUUCCACCCACCAAUAUUGCCUUUUUGUGCCCUACUGUUCAAUCUACGGCCCAUCUAUUUAGAUUGAACCUUUAUGACUUUGUUCGUUAUCGUUGUUUCGUUGUGAUCAGUUUUAACCACUUCAAAGAUGAACACCUUUAAACCGUUUAUAAUUCUAUUGUGUCAGUGGAUUCGCUCAAUAGUACAACAUAUCUUAGUGAGGGUUUGGAAAGCUUUCCCAGCGGCAGUCCAUAUUUUGACGACUCCACCAGAAUGCGCGGGCCUGGAGUCUCCCGAAACACCGUCGGAAGAGUGGAGGACCAGUGAGGUGUUGCGAACAUAUCACUCCGGAGGUGAGAGUGCAACCGUAGUGAUGGUUCAAACGGACACACAUGCCUUCCAUGUGGAUCUGGAAAGGCUUUCAGAGUGCAGUGAGUAUUUCCGGGGGCUGUCCCAGUCCAGAAUGACGGAGUUGUCUGCGGGUCUGAUCCGCCUGGGUCAUGUGCCCUCCUCCAUCUUCCACAACCUCCUCGAGUUCUCCUUCCAUCAGCGGUUCACGGUGCCAAAGGAGGAGCUGGCGGAUACCAUCCAGGUAUCCAGCUACCUCCUGGCUGAGGCCUUCCUCUCAGAGUGUCUGUCGGUCCUCGCCGAAGUGCUCACACCAGAGAACUGUCUGCCCUAUCUCGGACUGGCCGAGGACAUCAGCUGCCCAAGGCUGAGGACGACGGUGUUCACCUACCUGAGCAGAAACCUUCUGGAGCAGUCGCAACUGACCCGGGCUGCCAGCCCUGAGGAGAUGGAGGAGCUGAUUGGUCUGAGAGCCCGCGGGCGCCGGGGACUCUGUGUCCUCAGGAAGGAGAACCUCCUGUCCCGGGACGCCCCGGAGACCGCACGCGCCCGCCGUCUCUUCAGACUGUCGGAGGACGGGGGAGCCUCGUCGUGGCGCCCCGUCUCUGAGCUUCCGUUCAGCGCAGACAAAUGGUGCUACACCGCGGUGGUGCUGUUCAACUACCUGUACAUCCUGGGCGGGUACAGGCAGCCAAUCAGAAGAGGCUGGGAGUUCAAAAUGGCCUCUUUUCGAUACAAUCCUUUGUCACACACAUGGGUCGCCACGGCUCCUCUGAUCAAGCACAGGAGGCAUUUCAGCGCGGUGGCGUGUGAGGGAGGUAUCUACGCCGUGGGCGGAUGGUAUCUGGACUCCCUGGUGAGUCCGGACUCCAACACAGCCCUGUACACCGCCGUGGAGCGCUACGACCCCUGGGGAGACUCCUGGAGGUUUGUGUCUUCACUUCCUCUAUCUGGUUCCCAGUUCACAGUGUCUAUGUCCCACGACGUUCCCCUGGCAACCAGCUUAGGUCAUUGUGUCUAUGUGCUGGGCAACAUCCAGAGAACCGGAGAGAAACUACUUCUGCAGUACAACACGACAGAAGACUGCUGGUCGGAGCUUCUCCCUACCCUGACCAGAGCGGACGCAGACCUGCCCACCCUCUACUUCCUGGGUGCCACGGACACCCUGAUCGUGAUUGGAGGAAACGCCGUUGAGAAUGUGGUGACAUCAUUCUGUCCGCGGACACGCCGGUGGGGAGAGAUCCACGCGGCCUCCAAGGUGGCCUUGGCGGGCCAGGGGACUGUGUUAGAGGAGCACGUGCUGAUGCCAGCGACGGAGCACCCUGCAGGAGUCGGGCGGCUGGACCUGCAGGACCGGACCCUGAGCGCGCUGCCUCCUCUGCCUCUGACGGCUCUCUAUGAGGCGGUCUUUCACUUGUACUUUUGAUUACUCUCGAGUAUACUUUGUCCCCCUAACCUCUCCACCCCCCCCCCCCCCCCCCACACUCCCAAGGACGUCGUAAGGCAUUUAAACAUGUAAGAAAGCACUUAAAUGUGACACACCCCCUGAAUUAUAGUCUUAUCUCAACUUUAACUUUCAGUCUAGUAUAACCAGUAUACCAUUAGCUCAAUUAAACACAAUUCCAACCCCAAGCAAAAUGAUAAGCAUGUGAAAACAAGUUGCAUGCUUUAUGUUUAGUAUUUAUGUAGCUGUGUAUUUAAUAACUGCAGGUGUACAAGCCCAGCAAUAGCAAUCUUUUUUAUUUCUAUAGCAAUACCCAUAUCACUCAAAACUUGACCAAAACUUGCUGAAAAGCAACGGAGCAAGUAGGUAGAGCCACCAA